CCAUCCUUAUAAUCAUGUCGUCCGCCGAUGCCCUGAAAGCCGAAGGCAACAAGGCUUUCGCUGCGAAGAACUACGACUCGGCCAUCGACCUGUUCUCCAAGGCGAUCGAGCUCGACCCCACAAACCACGUCCUCUGGUCGAACCGCAGUGCCGCCAAGGCGGGAAAGAAGCAGUAUGAGGGAGCGUUGGAGGAUGCGGAGCAGUGCGUCAGGGUGAACCCUACCUGGUCCAAGGGUCUCGCGAGAAAAGGCGCCGCUCUUCACGGAUUGCGGCGCUAUCCAGAUGCGAUCGAGGCAUACGAGGCGGGCCUCAAGCUUGAGGACAGCCCGGCGCUCAGGAAGGGCCUGGAGGAAGUGAAGGCUGCGCAAGCCUCUGAUGAACAAGGCGAUGGUGCUGAGGCGCUCGGCCUCGGCAAGAUGUUCUCCGACCCCAACCUCAUCGGCAAAUUGGCCUCCAACCCGCGAACGCAGAAACACCUUGCAGACCCGAGCUUCAUGCAGAAGAUCCAAUUGAUACAACAAAAUCCCCAACUCGCGAAUUCUUUCCUUCAGAGUGACCCUCGCAUGAUCGAUGUUCUCGGUGCUCUCAUGGGCCUCGAUAUGCAAGGCUUCUCGCGCCCCGAAGGCUCUGACGAUCUGCCUCAAGGGUUCUCCUCAACCUCUCCCCCUCCUGCCGCUGCCUCCUCGACAUCAAAGCCUGCACCCUCUCAACCAACCCCUUCCACGUCGUCCGCCGCUCCAGAUGUCGAGAUGAAGGACCCAGAACCCGCAGAAGAAGACGAAGACGCGAAGGCGAAGAAGGAAGCUGAACAGCAGAAGCAGCUUGGUGGCGCCGCGUAUAAAAAGCGCGACCUUGAGGCCGCAGAGCAACAUUUCUCGAAAGCGUGGGAGGUGUGGCCCAAAGAUAUCACGUACCUCACGAAUUUGGGCGCUGUCUACUUCGAGCGGGGAGACUACGACAAGGCUAUCGAAACAUGCGAGAAGGCUGUGGAGGAGGGUCGUUCUCUGCGCGCCGAUUAUAAACUUGUCGCCAAGGCUUACGGUCGCAUAGGUACUUCGUACAGCAAAAAGGGCGACUUGGCUACCGCGAUCAAAUUCUACGAAAAAUCAUUGACGGAGCAUCGCACGCCGGACAUCCUGGACAAGCUGCGCGCAGCACAGCGCAGUAAGGCGGAGACAGAUCGUCUCGCAUACAUCGAUCCUGCCAAAAGUGAGGAAGCGCGUGAGGAAGGGAAUAAGCUGUUCAAGGCAGGUGACUUUGUUGGCGCCGUGAAGUGCUACUCGGAGAGCAUCAAACGAGCACCGACCGACCCAAGAGGAUACAACAACCGGGCGUUGGCAUACACGAAAUUGGCAGCGUUCCCUGAGGCGUUGAAAGAUGUGGAUGAAGCCAUCAAGGUUGAUCCAAAAUUCGUCAAGGCGUACAUUCGGAAAUCAAGCGUGCUGUUCGGUAUGCGCGACUACACCAAGGCGCUGGAGGUGAUCCAAGAGGCUACGGAGCAUGACGACGAGGCCAAACAUACGACUGAGAUCCAGCAGCAGAUGAUCAAGUGCCAAAAUGCGAUCAUGCAGCAGCGGGCGGGUGAGACGGACGAGGAGGCGCUCCAGCGGGCGAUGCGUGAUCCCGAGAUCGCGGGCAUUAUGAACGACCCAGUCAUGCAGUCGAUUCUCCAGCAAGCGCAAGGCAACCCAGGGGCACUACAGGACCACAUGAAGAACCCGACAGUAAGGGAGAAAAUCAUGAAGCUCGUCAACGCUGGCAUCAUUAAAACGCGGUGAACGUGGGUGUUUUCGAUACUUGUUUGAUGCGGAUAUAGAGCAUGUUGGGAUGUCGGAAAUGUUUUAACAAAUUUGUACCAUCAUCCUCAGUAUAUUUCAUCUUGCUGCUUGCUUGCU